AUAAGACGACUAUUACAAGUUUUCUGUCUUCUUCCUUCAACCCCCAAGAGUUUUCAGGCCAUCAUCAUGGUAGUCAUAACAGUCAAAACGCCGGCCCCUCAAGCAGAAGCCAAGAAUUUGCAAGAACAAAAGGGCAAGGCAGCUGAGAUUCACGAGCAGGCGACGGGAAGGUCCGCCGGGGUGAAGAUUUCUGACUCUGCGGCGAGAUUCCGAACCUUGGUUUAUCAGGAUAACAAAAAAGUGAACCGCGUAUUUGAUGGUUCUAAAAUUGGCGCCCCGGUUGAAGUCAAGAAUUUUGAUAAGCUGAUCACGGGUAGGAAUCUGUAUUUGUUCUUUUCGGGACUGAACCUUAAUCAUCUUGAUAUCGACAAGCUCAUGAAAAUAUAUCUUGAGGGAAAGAAACCACCCAAUAACCACAGGAUUGUGUGGAUCCCCGUUGUAAAGACGUGGGAUCAACACAAGUUUGAUAAUUUGGUGGCUCAGAUGCCGUGGUACUCAGUGGAGUUUUCUCGUCCCGCACAAGCAUGCGUCAAGCUGCUCGAAAAGGAUUACAGCUACCACGAAAGGCAAAUCGUGUUGGUGAUAAAUCCAGCAGGGGUGGUGAAAAACAAAAAUGCUCACCCUGCGAUUCUACGCGAUGAACGAUUUGCAGAAUUUCCUUACUAUACCUAGGGCCAAGGAACUAAGAAAAAGAAGAAACGUGAAAUCUUUUCGUGCAAACGUCUCACAGUCUGUCAACUGCUUCACAAGAUUGCAUUGCAGAAGAUAAUAAACGAUGGAAAAUCAUCAUCGUAAA